AAGUCUUUCCGACAGCCACAACGACAUCAUGUAAUCCUGGAGGUCGUCAAGUCUUCCAUACUUCAAUCUGUGGUUUACCAUCACUAUGCCAUUCCUAACAAAUUUGCCGACCGAACUGCGACAGCAGAUCCUCCUGUUAGCACUGCCAGAGACGAACCGCGUGGAGUCUGCGGUGCCGACUCAGUUCGUCCACCUCUUCCACAUCAAUCAGCGUCUGCGCCACGACAUGAGUGCCGUCGCGUCCAUCUGGACACCCAUCCACUACAUCUCCCACCCCUCCACCCUCACGAGCUGCACGCCUCGCACCCGUGACUGGAACUGCAGUCGCAUCUGCCUAGACUUGUUCUACAGCUCCUUCCUCGGCCGCAUCGUAAACAGGUACAGCAACCAGAGUCCCGCAAGCUAUGCCCACCCUGGGCUAGUUCUCGAUUGGAUAAACGCGGUGCCGUUCUUGCCAAGGGAUGUGAAUGAGAUCUGGCUCGAUGUCACGCCUGCGCCGGCUGAGAAGCGCGUGCACCACCCCAGAUGGCACGAGUGUGGCCCGCCAUGGUUCGAUCUGUUUGUGCAUGGUGACCAUGCAGCUCAGAGGUUCCUUGGGGGUCAUGUACAAGACGUUGCGGUGCUGAUCAGAGCGCUCGAAAAGCGUUACGGGGGGCGGGUAAGCAUCAAGCUCUCAGGCAGGCUGAGCGUGAAAAGUGUGUUCUUUGUCCAAGCCAUCCGCAAGGAGGUCGGUAGAGAGAAGGAAUUUGUGGGGUCGUGGGUGUCGAAUGAGGAUGCACUGGGUGCUUCUGUGUCAUCAGAGUUGUGUCCAAUGGCACGGGAGACGGGACGCUGCGGCAUGCAUAUGUUGGCGUGGCUAGUGAAAGUGGUUUGGAGUAAGGACACUGGCGAUUUAUAUACUGAGCUUGCGAAUGAGUGCUCCGAGUGGAUGCUCAUUAGAGACGUCAAAAAGAUUGCGGAGGUCCACGAAGGCGAGGUUAGGGUGGUAUUGCCGCUGGGGGACGGUCUGAGGAGGGCUUUCCAGUGCCAGGUUGCGACAGAUUUGGGCUUGAAGACAAUCGAAUCGGGCGAAGGAGGCGACAGACAUGUCAUCGUGCAGCGGUAGCCUAGUGUUGAUCGUCUGAGUUCCAGCUUUUUCGACGUACCGUGUAUCUCCGGGCUCUGUUCAACCAUCUUCCUGUGAUGAAGAAUACAAACGUUCAAUUGCAGACCCUGCGUUUACGCUGAUUGCAUGCCCUUUUUCAACCGAUGAAAGCAGUUUGAGAAGAAAGAAGUGUCUAUCAGCCCCG